AUGGCAGCUUAUAGAAAUGUACAGUCUGGAUCUGUACAGGGCUUUGAGACUACAAAAGGAAGUGAGAAGACAAAGUCCAGCACCUUAAAGCGGCAACCAUGUCCUGACUGGAGCAAAGCUGAUCUCCUAAGACUGCUGAGCUAUUUUGAGGGGGAGCUUCAGGCGAAGGAUAUCAUUAUUGCAACAUUGAAGGCUGAAAAGGCAAAACAGUUACUGUAUCAGGCAAAGUAUGGAAGGUUUGGUCUAGGAGAUCCAUUCAUUGCGCUGCAGCGGGAUGCCGAGGGUAAGAAUGAUGCCAGCUUUGAUGAAGCAGCCAUUAAGUCCAUGUACGAUAACCAGCUGGCGCAGUUGGAGAACCUGAUAGCCACUCAGAGAAAAGCACAGCUGAAAAUGAGGGAACAACUGGGCAACUCGGAAAAGAGAUUCCACAAGGUAUGUACAGAGCUGGAGGAGGAGAAGCAGAAACAUGCUCAAGACACGGCUCAAGGAGAUGAUGUCACUUACAUGUUGGAGAAAGAGAGGGAACGAUUGAAAACAGAGAUUGAUUUUGAAAAGAACCAGAACAAGAAGCUGGAAAAAGAUCUGAAGAAAACUUUAGCAAGCUUAGAAGAGGAGAGAGCGAAUGCUGCAAGGCAUAAACAAGUAGCAAUUAUGCUGAUCAAGGUAUUGUACAAACCCUCUUGUCUAUUUCUGCGUGAUGAAAUGGAAACUGCCCUAAAAGAUGGAAAAUCCAAAAUGCAAAACAUGGCUGAAGGUUUAGCUGAGGAAAGUAAAAAGUCUCUGAAAAUGGAAGCGGCUAUAGAAAAGCAGACCUCAAAGUUUGAUGCAGAGAGGGAGGCUUUGCGGAUCCGUCUUCAAGAAGAAGAGAAGCAGACAGUGAUGUUGAGAGGAGAGGUGGCCCAGCUGUUGAAACAAGUGGAAGCUCUACACCAGCACCAGCAGCAGAUCCGCAAUAGUGGAUCCUCACCAAGCAAUAUACAGGUGAGGUCUUCUGUGUCUCCAUCCAGAGCAGCCAGCCCAUCCAUCUCAGUCCGAAGUGGAGCUACGUCGCAGCCAUCAGGCUCAUCCACGUUAUACUCCAUCACCCCAAGUUUUGGCACCAGUCCGCCUCAGCCUUACCUCCCCAUGUCUAUAACCACAGCUGGUGGAGUCAGGCCAACAGGUUUGUCGCAGGUUCUGGGAAGUGCAAACAGAACGUAUGCACAGCCAGGCCCCAGAGUGAUUGACAGUGGCCGGGUUGGAUCCAGUUCACCAGAGAGCGAGGUUAUUUAUAGGUCAGAAAAUGCUUCUGCUGCAGGAAGUAUUGCCUGGAGAGGCUCAUCUCCAGGGUUGGUGAAAAUAGGCCCCCCAACUGCACUGGUGACAGAUCAUGCAGAGAUGGACUUGGGACCAGCAGCUAGAGUCAGUGUUUCCCCAGGACUAAAUGCACCAGUUCAUGCUGGCAACAAAACACUGCAUGCUGGAAGCAGCCCUCAAGCCACUCCCUCAUCUCAAAUGAGGAAAUCACCAGGCUUUGGCUCCCCAGCAGUCUCGCCACUUGGCCGAGGAGUACCACCACCCAUACCUCCUAACAAACCAAACUUUGUUGCCCCGGGCCCCACCGGGGGCAGACCUUCCCUUCCAAAGGUUUCAGUGGUUGGACCUAAUGUGGUUGUUCAGACAGCUGGCAGAGACAUAUUCUCGGGUCAGUAUUCUCAUGCUCCUGCCAAAUCGCCAUCACAGCACCCUCCACGUGCGGUUCAGAUUCCUAUAAAUGUGGUUAGUAGUUCAGCACCAUCCGGCAGCCCACCUAAACAUGGGGGAGCCAUUGCUAAUGUCCGCACUCAAGUUCGGGAGACAUCUCCGUCUGCUGUGAGAAAAACUUCCCAAGU